AUCGUCAACAUCAUCAUCCGUUAUUAGGGCAUCAAACCAAAGCUCCUAUAGGCGACAUGGAACGAUAAAACGCACGAGAAUCAUAAGGAUCAUAGGAAGAAGCUUGUUGUGCGUAAUAUUUCUUGUUGGUGUUGCAAUGCUCACAUGUUGGCUUGUUGUGAUCCCUAAAACCCCACGUCUUAUGGUGGAAAGUGGCAAAGUCACAGCCGAUAGUUCAACUAAUAGAAAGCUCAAUGCCACCAUAGUUUUCUCUAUCAAAAGCCACAACCCUAACAAAAGAGCCUCCAUUCAUAUGGAUUCUAUGAAGAUGAUAGUCAAAGACGAUUUGGGCCGACCGUUUUACUCCGACAUCCCCACCUUCACGUUGAUGCCCCAAAACGAGACCGUCUUCAACCCCACUGUCCAUGUUCACUUCAUAUACCCAUUUGGGAGGCGGGUGCUUCCGGAUUGGAUACGUCUGGAGCUUCGCUUCUCAGCCAAAAUCAGCUACAUUUUGAACAAAUGGACGUCGAAACGUCGAUUGAUGGAGAUAUAUUGUCAUCACCUCUGGUUUAAGAUCAAUGGUACUACACCUAAUUUUGAUGAUACCAAAUGCGAAGUGGAUCUUUGACAGACUUGACCUAGUUGUGUUAUUCUUGCUUAAUAAGAUGUGUUAUUCUCCCUGAAUAAUUAAAAAAGAUCUGUAAUCGAAAGUUUCAUUUUUUUUUUUGGUAAAUUGCA